AUGACAUUGUAACCGUUAUUGCUCAUGAAAAUACGCUUCCAUUUUUGUUAGUUGCAAAUGGGUCGAUACAGAAAGCCCAAUUAGAGUUUGGGCCAUAAAGCCGAAGAAGUUUGGGCCUGAGUGCUAUGGGGGGGCGGAAAAGAGAAGUUCCAGCUCGAAAUAGCAACAUUCUCGGAGGCCCAAACGAUAACACGUACGAAUGGACAACUUUCCACUUUCUAAAAAACAAUCGCCGGACCAAUCGGUGGCUCAAUACCCGGCGGCACGACGUCUGGGGGUGUGCUUGGGGGAGGAUCUAGAUCAGGUGGUCGAGGAGGAAUCACGUCAGGUGGCUGCUGUGGCCUUGGUGGGACUGGAAUGUCGGGAUCAUGUCGCGGCCGGAGCUGGAGGACCAGGGGAAAUUCCCGUUGCACUAUCCCCUGCUGGAUCCAUCUCUGGGGUUCUAGUCGGCCUUGGGACCUCUGGCGGCACAGAAGGAGGGUGAUAACUGGGCACCGACGGGAUUUCUUGUGGGUUCCUGAACGGGACCUCCGGUUUGCCACACAGUAUUGAUGAUGAACUAAUCAGCGCGGUUCUCUUUGACAUGGUGGUGAACGGAAGGAAGACCAGUGAAGAUUUCGCCGCCGGCACUGGUUUGGCUGUUUGAACCGGAGCAGCCAUUUUCACAGCAGACGUAACUGUGGACAUAGUUGGCUGUAGAUCUGGGCAAUCUUUUACUCAACCGUUAACCCGUCCAUCGCCUAUUUAAAACGGGUUAGAAUUUUAUAUAUUUAUGAUCUGUGAUUCGUUAAUGAUUUGUUGAGAGAGCUUGAUGGGUCACGGAUCAAUAACGAGUUGACCCAUCAAGUUAAUAUAUUUAAUUUAUUUAU